AUGGGGGGUUUACUUGCAACGUUGAUGAACGAGCGGGACAAGAUGUCCAGAAGGCCGCACCCGUUUCUUACCGGAGACAAGGGACCGCAUAACGUGGCGGUGCCGGGAACAGAGACGGCGACAACAUCUGCCACUUACCGCCACAGUCGCACCGGCGACGCGGAGACGCACCAGCAGAUGGUGGAGGAGUACCGCACACAAAAGAAUUGUGUGCAACAACUUAAGGAGCAGUGCCAAAAACUGGACACCCGCGCCGCGGUCGCCUACCGCCCACUGGAGAAGAUUGAACAUCGCCCCACGUGUAAUGCGAAGGGUAAGGAGACCGUUCUGGAGUACUACUACUACCGUGAGCGACAGGAGGUGUCGUAUGCGAAACUGUGGCACUACAUUGUUUCCUUCGGUGCGGGGUUACGUGAGUUUGGGGUGCCGCAGCGGGGCCUUGUCACGAUCUACGAGGAAACACGAUGGGAAUGGCUCGUGUCUAUUUACGGCAUAUGGACGCAUAACAUGGUCGCUACGACGGUCUACUCUAACCUUGGCGAGGAUGCCUUGAAGUACGCUCUAUAUGAGACGAAUUCAGCUGCCAUCAUCUGCAACGCCAGGACAGUAAAGACCGUCAUUUCGCUGCUUAGGGCACAGACGCUCAACCCCCUCAUUGUGUGUCUCGACAACCUUCCCGCGGGCGUAGACACAUCCGGCUACCGUCUCGUUGCGUGGACUGACGUUGUGGAAAAGGGCGCGGCAUCCAACCGUGCCGCGGAGAUUCCCACCGACAAUGACAUUGAGGCGUUGAUUAUGUACACAAGUGGCACCUCUGGUGACCCAAAGGGCGUUUUACACACUCACGGUUCCAUAGCUGCGGGCGUUAGCGCCCUCGCGGAGCGACUGAGUGACCUUUACCCGUCGUCAACGGGAGACGAGACUUACUGCGCCUUCCUGCCGCUUGCACACAUUCUAGAGUUUGGCAUUGUAAACAUCUUCCUGCAGCGGGGUAGUUUGGUGGGGUUCAGCAAAACCCGCACCCUAACCGACGAAUUUGCCAUUCCACACGGGGACUUUAAGGAGUUUUCCCCCAAAAUUAUUAUUGGCGUGCCACGCAUCUUUGAUGCCAUCAAGAAGAAUGUGGAGAAUAAGAUUCCAUCACCGAACAGCUUCAAACGAAAGAUCUUUGAGAAGGCGUUCGCCUCACGCUUGGGUGCCCUCAAAAAGCAAUUUGACACGCCGUACUGGAACACGGCGGCAUUCAAAGAUGCAUCCACGCUUCUUGGAGGAAAAGUAUUCUCAAUGUUGUGCGGCGGUGGUCCACUUAGCUCCGAGACACAGGAGUUUCUUGAUGUCUGUCUGGGCGGUCCGGUAGUGAUUCAGGGCUGGGGCCUCACAGAGACGGUGUGCUGCGGUACGACGCAGCGCCUGGACCGUAUCGCGACGAACGAUGUUGGCCAGCUGCUUGUGACGGCGGAAUUGAAGCUGCUCGACGUGGAUGAGUACAAGCACACAGACACGCCGGAACCACGAGGGGAGCUUCUGCUGCGUGGCCCGUUUCUCUUCAAGGGGUACUACAAGCAGGAGCAGCUUACGCGGGAGGCCAUCGACGAGGAUGGGUGGUUUCACACAGGUGACGUGGGCAGCAUCACAGCGAAUGGUUCUCUCCGCAUUAUCGGCCGUGUGAAGGCGCUGGCGAAGAAUGUGCUGGGCGAGUACAUUGCGAUGGAGGCGUUGGAGUCGGUGUACACACAGAACUGUUUUUGCCUCCCUGGUGGUGUGUGCGUGCUUGUCCAUCCUGCUCGCUCGUACAUUUGUGCGUUGGUACUGACUGAUGAGGCAAAGGCAACUGCCUUUGCGAAAAAGAAUGGUUUGAAGGGCUCACUGGAAACACUGCUGAAGAACGAGAACUUCCACGCCAAGGUGGCACAGUCGCUGGCGACCACUGCGAGGGAUGCUGGGCGCAGGCCAUUCGAGAUUGUGCGGUAUGUUCGUGUUCUGGCUGACGAGUGGACGCCGGAGAACUGUCUCGCAACCCCCACAUUGAAGUUGCGCCGAAGCAACAUUGAGAGGCACUACACGGACGUCGUUGCACAACUGUUUGCGAAGGAGCGAUGA